AUGGAGCCCAACGCCUUCCCGCAGCUGCAGCUGUGGUGCCCGCGGCCCUUCGGCACCUUCUCGCAGAACAAGCCAUGUGCCCCCGCCGGAGCCGCCCCCGCAGCCCCCCGCAAGCCCCUGGGCUGCCGCCCCUCCGAGAACACCCCCCCGGAGCCCCCCGAGCCCGGCCCGGCGCCGGCGGCGGCCGCCGAGGACGGCCGGGUGUUGCUGGACACGUGGUACGUCAUCAAACCGGGCAACACCAAGGAGAAGGUGGCCUUCUUCGUGGCCCACCAGUGCGGCACCGGCGGCGCCGGCGGCACCGGCGGCCGCGCCAGCACCAUGAAGGUCAAGGGCAACUGGGGCAGUGAUAGCUCCAAAGCCAAGCGGCGCCGGCGCUGCCACGACCCCAAGGCCGCGCCCGGCCCGCCCUGGGCCGCCAGCUCCGGUGAUGCCCCCAAGGACCCUCCUAAGGACACCCCCAAGGACACCCCCGGCGACGCCGUCGGGGACGGCGCCAGCGACGCCCCGGACCUGUUGUCGGUGGCGGAGAUGGUGGCGCUGGUGGAGCGGCGAGCGGCGCUGGCCCUGCAGAGCCUGCCCCGGCCCUGCGACGCUCCGGCCCCGCUGGUGCUGCUGGAGGCGCCCGGUGGUCCCGAGUGCCGGCGCGUGGCCGCGGCCGUGGCCCAGUUCGAGUCGCAGCAGCAGCACCGGGAGCGCGGCGGGGCCCGGCCCAACGGGCUGUGCCGCGGCGGCCCCGCAGCCGAGUGCGCCCCGGGAGCGGCCACGGCGGCGGGGCCCGGCGAGGUGAGGAUCGCCUUCCGCAUCUCCAGCGGGCGGGAGCCCCGAGCGGCCGCCGCGGCCAGCAGCGCCGUCCCCGAGCGACCCCGCGCGCUGGGCGCCAAGGACCAGAUCACCUGUGACCUGUACCGGCUGGUCAGCCCGGCGCGCGCCGGCGUGGAGCUGCUGCUGGCCGCCAAAGGGGACAAGGACGGCGCCGACGAGGCGGCCGCGGCAUCGGAGCCGAGCUCCGGCGUCGCCGAGGGUCCGGCGGCGCCGCGGGACUGCGCGUCCGGCUUCCACGUGGACGUGGUGGUGACGGGCGUGGUGGACCAGUGCGUGUUCUUCGGCAAGGACAGCGCCAAGCAGGUGACGGAGGAGACGGUGCGGCUGCCGGACGAGCCGCCGCCACCGGGGCAGCUCUUCCUGCUGCCCGGCCGGCCCGAGGAACCGGCGGCGUCGGCGGCGUCGCCGGGCCGGGAGGCGAGCGGCGACCCGGCGCUGUGCCGGCUGUACCGGCACGUGUCCCACGACUUCCUGGAGAUCCGGUUCAAGAUCCAGCGGCUGCUGGAGCCGCGGCAGUACAUGCUGCUGCUGCCCGAGCACGUCAUGGUGAAGAUCUUCAGCUACCUGCCCACGCAGGCGCUGGCCGCCCUCAAGUGCUCGUGCCACUACUUCAAAUCCAUCAUCGAGACUUUUGGCGUGCAGGCCACGGAUUCCCGCUGGAACCGCGACCCGCUGUACCGCGACGACCCCUGCAAGCAGUGCAAGAAGCGCUACGAGCGCGGGGACGUGUCCCUGUGCCGCUGGCACCCCAAGCCCUACCACCACGACCUGCCCUACGGCCGCUCCUACUGGAUGUGCUGCCGGCGGCCGGACCGGGAUGCGCCCGGCUGCCGGACGGGGCUGCACGACAACAACUGGGUGCACCCGGCCGGCCGCAGGGAGGACGGCAGGUGAAGGAUGGAAGGACGGACGGACGGACGGACGG